AACGAGUGAGCAGAUAUGGCAGAUAAUGAUGAUUAUUUAGACUCUAUUGACAACAAUCAUCUAGACGGAACCAACGGUUCAGUAAAUAUGACCGACAACAGCCUGGGCGGAGAUGAAGCAUCAGGUACAGAUGUACCAGACCUGGCCGCAAUUAAGGCCAGGGUGAGGGAAAUGGAGGAAGAGGCUGAGAAACUAAAGCAAAUGCACACAGAAGUUGAUAAACAAAUGAGUUUGGGAAGCCCACCGGGACUCACAAGUCCACUCAAUAUGUCAAUAGAGGAGAAAAUAGAAGCAGACAACAGAUCAGUCUACAUCGGUAACGUAGACUACGGAGCUACAGCUGAGGAGUUAGAGCAGCACUUUCAUGGCUGUGGAUCUAUCAAUAGGGUUACAAUAUUAUGCAAUAAGUUUGAUGGGCAUCCUAAAGGUUUUGCGUACAUUGAGUUUGGAGAUAAAGAUAGUGUACAAACUGCAAUGGCUAUGGAUGAAUCUUUAUUCAGAGGACGUCAAAUUAAGGUGAUGCCGAAGCGUACGAACAAGCCGGGUCUGUCGACAACGAACAGACCGCCUCGGGGUCGAGGCCGCGGUCGCUCUUUCCGAGGCGGGUUCUCGCCCUACUUCUCCGGCGGCUACCGGCCCGUGCGCCGCGGCAGACUGUUCAGGCGCGGCUCUUAUUAUUCUCCGUACUGAGUGCGGUAAAGGGGGGACCGAGCCCCCUUCGCGACGCACGAAUCAAAAAAUGUUAAAUGGAAGUGUGCAGUGUAGUUAAGUUAUAUAGUGUGAUACGACUAAAUUACCUCGAGGCUGAUUUCGUGCUGUUGCGAUACCGUGAGUGUGAAAUACAAGACUUGGUUUUUGAUAUUAGUGUAACAGUAAAGGAUAUACGUCUAAACUUUAAAAAAAAUGCAGACAAUUUUCUGCUGUUAGAAUAUGGUUGAUUAAUUAAAUUGUAAGUAAUUUUUUUUUUAAAUCUUAAUUAUCGGAAUCUGUUUGUAUAAUGCUGAUUUUUAAUUGAUUGAAUGUUUACUUAUUGCUAUUAUAAUGUUUAUUACUAAUUUAAUGGUAACAGCGAUUAAUAACGAUAUAAAUAUUAAAAAUAAAACCCUGCUGACAGAUACAGUAAAAAGAUGUAGUAUUUAAGUAUUUUAAAUGCAGUAGGUAAAAUAUAAGGCGCUUGUAUUUCGUAAUUUUGAUCAUUUUAUUACGAUAUUGGAGGCAAAUAUUUCAAAAAAAAGUACGUUUAUGUCGAUAGAUUAAUUGUAAAAUUACAGAAACGAGGCUUAGAAUUUCAAACAAUUUCUAGCUUCUAUGGAUUCAGCUAUUUUCGAGUAUGAAGAAUGUACUGCUUUAACUGAAAACAUAUUUCUUAAGUUUAUGAAACAAAAAGUUUAGAGAAUGAACCCACCAUACACAUUCAGUAUUUUAAGCUGAAAAAUUAAAAAAUUAGCUUUAUGGCGCACUGAUUUUAUUUUAUAUUAUUUGUAAAAAUUGGUUAAAUCGAAACUGGUUUAGGGAAAAAUGCACAUUUCUCUCUUUAAUUACUUUAAGGACUCGGGCUCUGAUAGAAGCGGCCCAGAAUCGAAGCGUUGUGUCAUGGAUAUAUUUUUAUAUUCUUAUGAACGAUUAUGUAACAGCACUCAAAAAUAAAAGACUAAUAAAAAUAUUCAGGAAUAUAUCGUUCCAUACACUAUGGAUGUUUAUACAUUGUGACAGCAAAAUAUCCAUCGAUAUGACUACAAUAUCGUCGUUUUAUAACGCUUUUAUUCUGCGCACUUGAGUAAUCAAUCUACAUCAGUUCGUGUUAUUUGUAUUUUUUGUACGUAAUGUAAUUAUUACUUUUAAAAUACUGGUCUUCACGUAGGAAAACUAAUUCCUACUACAUCAGUACGUUGGUUUUUUAUCAAUACGACUAUUAUUUGAAGUAUGUCAUUGAUUUCAAUAUGCGUAUAAGAAUUAUUGUGGAAAUAAGGAUGUAUUUUGUUAUAAAUUGUGUACUUCGUACGGGUAGUUUCACAUGAUUAGUGAGCUUGUAUUUGAUUUGUAAAUUAGUAUUUAUAUUCAGUAAAAACUAAAACAUUACAAAAAUAAUACCACAUUUACAUAGAGGUACAGGCGUUUUAAUAAAUUCUCAAUGUUUUGCCAAUGUAUCACAUGUGUAAUUUGUAAUUUCAUUUUAUAAAAAUGCCCGAUUGAAAUACUCUUCAUACGAUCAUUGUUGAACUUAAUGUUAUAAGCCUAGACAUAUUUAAGCUAAUUUUGAUAUUGUUCUUUUUACAAAGAACUAACCUCGUAUAUAAUUUGAUAAAAAAUGAUGAACUCCAAAUAAUUGAUGCAAGAAUAAUGAUUUUGCUGCAUAAGAAUAAUUUUAAGAAUGAA